AUGCCGCUCUUCGCCUCCAGCCAUCUCCCAGAAUACCAGUAUAGCACCCUUGACCCGUCGCAGAAAACCUUUCGCCUGGUCCAGCUUCUGCCGCCGAAGCCUGCUCGCAUACCGGGCGCCUACGGCACGCUGCGCAUUAAGCUGGUCGAGGUCAACGUCGACACCAAGCUUCCUUAUGACGCUCUAUCCUACGCCUGGGGCGACCCGGCCUCCCUCGGUGCGCGAGACCGAGGGAUAAUCGUGGAGACACACAGCGACGCCCAACGGCUCUCCAUCCAUCGUCCGCUCGAGCUAGCACUACUUCAUCUUGCUGCCAAUAGUUCCGUAAACCUACCUCUCUUUGUCGACCAGAUCAGCAUCAACCAGGACGACAAGCCCGAGAAGAGCCACCAGGUCCAGCUCAUGAGGGACAUUUACGCAAGAUGCUCGCGCACCGUUGUGUGGCUGGGCCCGGCAACCCGCGCGUCUAAGUUAUAUUUUAACCUUAUCCACGAAAUAUGCCAAGAAGGGGUCCUAAGCCGCGUCAUGGGGCCCAGAGUCAGCCAUUUAGCGCGUGUAUUUGACGCCGUGAUGGAUCCAGGUGUCCAAGUCGACGAAGGGCAACGCGAGGACCGAGACGACAUACUUAACCUAAUUCAACGAUUCGGUGUCCGAUUUCCCCUGGAUGGUUUCGCCGACGUGCUAGGCCGGCGCUGGUUCAACCGCCUAUGGAUCAUCCAGGAGGCAUGUCUGGCGCCCGCAGUCGUCUUUAUCUGCGGCCAACAGUCGCUCUGCUUCGACUGCUUCCGCGCCGGGGCGCUCUUCUAUAACAUUUACAAUACGCACUGGGCAGGCCAGCGCACCGAGGCCACGUCGCAGCACGAAAUCCGUCGACGCAGCGCCAUCUUUAACAAGACGGCAGGCUUGAUUCGCAUUUUCCAGCAGCGCAAGGUCAUUCAUCAAACGGGCCGGCGAGAAGAGGAUCGCAUAUUUGGCUUGCUGGGGCUGGCGGCCGAUGACGACGACUUGCGGCAGCAGGUCCGUGUCCGCUACGCAAAGGAGGCCGUCCAGAUCUACACAGAGGUUUCUGCCUUGCUUCUCAAGGAAAACAUGGACGCCUUGCUGUUUACGCAGUUUCCGAAAGAGACACAAGGCCUGCCUUCCUGGGUCCCGGACUGGGCCAUGGACAUCAAGGUGCCGGUGGGAUACUUGACCUUGGCAGACGCCGUCUUCGCCGCUGGAGGGCCGAAGGAAGGGGCCCGCCGUCGGCUGGACGAGCGGUCCGGGCGGCUCACGGUCCGUGGCGUCCUGGUUGACAGAAUCGUGUGUGUUGGACAGACAAGUCAUCGGCUAGACCCUGAGCGGCGAAUGAUGGAUCAGAUUGAUUACCGCUGUGCCAAAAUGUUCUUUGACGAGACGGCCAAGUUCGUCAGAGAAGCCGCUGCUUCCCGCCACAGCGGGAGUGCCUCCGGCUCAGACGAGGAGGCGGAGGCCCAGAUGUCUCUGCGCGUCUGUGACUCGGGCCUCUCCCACAGACACUUCACGGACAAGCUUGGGGCGCCUGCUGGCCUCGAACGACUUCGCGCUCUCCAUGGCAGCGUCAGUCAUCUGGGGCAGCGGCUUCUCAACUCGGAUGAAACGGUUGCCUCGUUUGGUAUCACGCGCAUCUACAGAACGCUUGGCAUCACCCCAUGGUACUGGACCCCGACUUCCGAGAUGACCAGUCUCCGCAUCUGUGCCCGUGAUCCGGCCGCAGCCGCUUACAUCCUUUAUCUGGCUCUUGCCGAUUUCCUCGUCGACAUGGGCGGGCUUUGCCUCGGCGCGGCUAGGAUGACCUGGGCGACGUAUCACAUCAAGUUCCGCCGCCGCUUCAGCAAGGUCAAGCUGCGGCCCGUGGUGGAGGAUGUGAUUGCGGCAGGCCUCGACCCCGAAGUCAGCCUCGGACCAGACUUGGCCCUCUUGGAUUCCAAUAUUCUCAAAAAUGCGGGCCGGAGGCUGUACCGGACCGAGAAGGGCUACGUGGGCGUGGGCCCGGCGCAGAUGACGCCGGGGGAUUCCGUCGUGGUCUUCCACGGCGGGACGGUGCCGCAUCUGUUGAGGGAGGCGGCAGGGGAGGGGGGGGACGAGUCGUGGACAUACUUGGGCGAAGCGUAUUGCGACGGCAUCAUGGAUGGCGAGGCGUUGGAGGAGGGAGUUGGCGUUGAGAGGAGCUUUGUCCUGGCUUGA